CGUUGUCGUUAUCGCACAAGCUCUGAAGGUAAAAUCAAAACAAAAAUAGUUGGUUUCGUAAGUGACAUCGCGUUCCCUCCUUUUUCUCUCUCUCCCUCUCUCUCUCUCUCUCUCUCUCUCCAAAAUCCCGCUCUUUGCUCGACUAACAAAGCAAGGACAUAGAAUAGAGAGAGAGAGAGGGGGGAGAGAGAGAGCGCCUGUUCCUUUCAGUUCCAUCGCCACCAGGCCCACCGCGACCUUCAUGGCCGUCACGGCUCUCCCCCGGCGGCGGCACUACCACCAUCACGGCCGUCUCCGCCUCCUAAUCCCGGCGAUCUCCGCCGUGUCUGGCGCUCUUCUCCUUCUAUUCGCUCUCAUUUCUCUUGUCGCCCCUUCUCCCGCUGACAACGACCAUCUCCACCCUCUCCGCCGCCGCGUGGUCAACAAUGUCGUCGACGACAUUGGAAAUUCGGAAUUUCGUGUCCCGACCAGUGGAGGAAAAUUGGAUCGUGAUAUUUGGAGAUCAAGUCGUUCCAAAUUCUACUACGGAUGCAGUAACGCAAGCCAAAACUUUACAGAAGCUGAAGCUAUCACGCAUCCCAAUCGGUACUUGGUAAUUGCAACCAGUGGAGGUUUGAACCAACAAAGAACUGGGAUUAUAGAUGCUGUAGUGGCUGCCCGCAUUUUGAAUGCUACUCUUGUUGUCCCAAAGUUGGACCAAAAGUCUUUUUGGAAGGAUGCGAGUAACUUUUCAGAUAUCUUUGAUGCUGACUGGUUCAUAUCACGUCUAUCAAAAGAUGUCAAAAUUAUAAAAGAGCUCCCAAGAAGGGCUGGAAAGAUUUGGUUUCCAUAUAGGAUGCGUGUUCCAAGGAAAUGUAGUCCUAGAUGCUAUCAGAAUCGUGUGUUACCUAACCUUUUGAAAAAGCAUGCUGUUCAACUCAGCAAGUUUGAUUACAGACUUUCAAAUAAAUUGGAAACAGAUUUACAAAAGCUUAGAUGCAGAGUUAACUAUCAUGCAUUGAAGUUCACUGAUCCUAUAGCUGAAAUGGGUGAAAAAUUGGUCCAUCGAAUUAGGACGAGAAGCAAGCAUUAUAUUGCCCUUCACCUACGGUUUGAACCUGAUAUGCUUGCAUUCUCCGGAUGCUAUUAUGGUGGAGGGGACAAGGAAAGGAAAGAAUUGGGUGCAAUACGAAAAAGGUGGAAAACUCUACAUCAUGUCAACCCAGAUAAGGGAAGGAGGCAAGGAAGAUGCCCACUUACUCCUGAAGAAGUUGGUCUGAUGCUGAGAGCACUGGGAUACAACAAUGACGUUCAUAUUUAUGUGGCAUCUGGGGAAGUAUAUGGAGGGGAAGAGACAUUAGCCCCCCUAAAAGCGCUCUUCCCAAAUUUUCAUUCGAAAGACACCCUAGCCAGCAAACAAGAAUUGGACGCAAUUUCUUCAUUUUCUGCUCGCAUGGCCGCACUAGAUUUUAUUGUGUGUGAUGAAAGUGAUGUAUUUGUCACCAACAACAAUGGUAAUAUGGCAAAAAUGUUGGCGGGACGAAGGAGAUAUUAUGGACACAAGCCUACCAUUCGUCCAAAUGCUAAAAACCUGUUUCGCUUGUUCCCAAACCGAGGUAACAUGACGUGGGAAGUAUUUGCAUCUAAUGUUCGUACUUACCAGAGAGGCUUCAUGGGAGAGCCAAUGGAGGUGAAGCCAGGGAGGGGUGAGUUUCAUGAGAACCCACAUUCUUGCAUCUGUGAAGAUUCAGAGGCCAAGAAGAAGUUGGAGUCGGGUCCUAGAAAGUUUGGUAAAGUGAAUGGUGUAACAAGAAAGGAUGUUUGGGAAGUAGGUGAUGAUCAAAAUGAUGAUGGCAAUGACAAUGGAGCAGGGUGGUCUAACCCAGAUGAUGAAGAGGAUCAAAAUGGUCUUCUACUAGGUAAAGGUUUGUUCAAUAGUACAAGUUUGGAUUAUGGUGCUUUCACAUCUGAGGAGCCUGAGUUGGAAGAGUUGCUUUCAGAUUGAGGAUUCACAUUGGCCUUUGUCGGGCCUAUUUCUGUUGUACCUAACCAAUGCAUUCUGAAAAUUCUUUGCCUCUUGCGUUCCCUUUGACUGCUUGCAGUAAGUUCUCUUUGUCUGUGACAAAGCCACGACAAUACAGUAAUCCAAUAUAUCUCUUUUGAGAUCAUGAACCUUCAGAAUCUUUUGUGAUGAAAGUACGAGGACAGAUGCAAGUAGUUUUUAGUAGUGGAAUCAGAGCAGAAGUUGUUUUUGGAUAUUAUCUACAGACCGUGGAUAUCAACUGAUAUAUUCGUGAAAUAGUAGUGUCCCAUGAAGUGAGAAAAUUAUAAAAGGGAAAUUACACGAGGCCAACUCACCUAGGUUCUGCCUGAUCAUUGUAAUAGAUAGAUUCUAAGUCUUUGUUGGAUGAUGUAAAUAUAUAUUUAUAUAUAUGUGUAUAUUUUUAAAAAUAAUACCCAGAGUGGCUUUUAGAUC